CAGCUUCAGUUUCCAGUGCAUUCUCAAGCAGUUGCCAACGGUUUCUGUCUUACAUUCGUUUUGUUUCUAUCUCGCUCUAGCAGUGCAUUUGCUAUUCAAAAGUUAAGCAAUAUGGCAGAUCCCAAAGCACAGCCAAAAUAUACUAAACUGUUUAUCAACAAUGAAUUUGUUGAUGCUGUUUCGAAGAAAACUUUCGCCACGGCCAAUCCUGCUACGGGCAAGGAGAUCAUCAAAGUUGCCGAGGGCGAUAAGGCUGAUGUAGAUCUAGCUGUAGCUGCUGCCAAGAAGGCCUUCCAUCGCGGCUCCGCCUGGCGCCAGAUGAGUCCACUGCAGCGCACUAAUCUGAUGAACAAACUCUGCGAACUGAUGGAGCGUGAUAAGCACUUCCUGGCUAGCAUUGAGACCCAGGACAAUGGCAAGCCCUUUGCUGAGGCGCUGUUCGAUGUCACCAUCUCCAUAAUGACGCUACAGUAUUAUGCCGGCUGGACCGACAAGUUCUUUGGCGACACCAUUCCAGCAGGUGGCUUCAUUGCCAUGACACGCAAGGAGCCCGUUGGUGUCGUGGGCCAAAUUAUACCCUGGAACUAUCCACUGCUUAUGCUCGCCUGGAAGUGGGGACCUGCUCUGGCCGUGGGCUGCACAAUUAUUAUGAAGCCAGCGGAGCAGACGCCGCUGACUGCACUGCACAUGGCCGCGCUGGCCAAGGAGGCGGGCUUCCCGCCAGGCGUUAUCAACGUCAUCAACGGCUUUGGUCCUACAGCAGGCGCUGCUAUUAGCCAGCAUCCAGAUAUUGCCAAGGUGGCAUUCACUGGCUCCGUGGAAAUUGGACGCAUUGUCAUGGAGGCGGCUGCCAAGUCGAAUCUCAAACGCGUUUCGCUUGAGCUGGGCGGCAAGAGUCCAGUGGUGGUGUUCGAGGAUGCCGACAUUGACUAUGCCGUGGAGACCACACACGAGGCGCUGUUCUCCAAUCACGGCCAGAGCUGCUGCGCUGGCAGUCGCACCUAUGUGCAUGAGAAGAUCUACGACAAGUUUGUGGAGAAAGCCGCCGCCAAGGCCAAGGCACGCAAGGUGGGUAAUCCGUUCGAGCAGGACGUGCUGCAGGGUCCACAAAUCGACGACGAAAUGCUGACCAAGGUGCUCAACUAUAUUGAGAGUGGCAAGCAGCAGGGCGCCAAGCUGCAGGCCGGUGGCAAGCGCAUUGGCAAUGUGGGCUACUUUAUUGAGCCCACUGUCUUCUCGGAUGUAAAGGACGACAUGCGCAUUGCCCAGGAGGAGAUCUUUGGCCCCGUGCAGUCCAUCUUCAAGUUCAGCUGCAUUGAGGAGAUGAUCGAUCGCGCCAACAAUGUGCAGUAUGGUCUGGCCGCUGGCGUCAUCACCAACGACAUCAACAAGGCCAUGAAGUUUGCCAACAGCGUGGACGCCGGCUCCGUUUGGAUCAACUGCUAUGAUGCAGUGCUGCCACAGACGCCAUUCGGCGGCUUCAAGCACUCGGGCAUUGGUCGCGAGCUGGGCAAGGAUGGCCUGGACAACUAUCUGGAGACCAAGACCAUUACCAUGAAGCUGUUGUAAGCUCUCGAUUCUAUCGCACUUUUGUUUAGACUACUGCAUUUUUAUUAAAAACAUUAAAUUAGCAUUUUACAAA